ACCAUGAGCGCAGCACCGCCAGCCGGCGCGCGCCCGCGGCUCGUCGAGCCGAACUCCAGCGGUGGUAAAAGAAUAAAAGAGGUCCGCUUCGGCUUACUAUCAACGGACGAGAUGGAGAAGCUAGCCGAGUUCGAGUGCGACAACCGCGAGUUAUAUACUCCAGCACCGGAUAGAAGGCCGGCGACAAAUGGUUGCCUCGACCCGAGAUUAGGAGCCGCGUCCAAAACCUCUCCACCCUGUCCUACGUGUGGAAAGAAAAUAGACCAGUGCGCGGGCCAUUACGGGAUCGUGAAGUUCGCGCUACCGGUGUUCCAUGCGGGCUACUUCAAACACGUACUAGCUCUACUGCAGUGCGUCUGCAAGAAGUGCUCGCGAGCCCUCCUAAAACCGGAGGAACGGGCAAAACAACUACGAGCGAUGCGCAACGCGAGGGACGUGCUCCAGAAGCAGGGCAUCCACAAGCGAGUUUUGGACCGAUGCAAAGCAGCAACUAGGUGCCCCCACUGCGGCGCAAGAAACGGACCCGUUAGAAGAGUAGCCGGCGCCGGCGCGCUGCGCGUGGCCCACGACAUCUGGAAGGGCGCGAAGCGCGACGAGCUCGAGGUCGACGACGAAUUUACAGCGUUUGCUCAUUCACUGAAGGCAGCGGCCGAGAAGAACGCGGAUUUAAGAGCUACAUUGGGUGUUUCUGCCGCGCAAAAUAGCGAUAUAAAACCAAAAGCGUCCAAAGCACCAGCAUCAAUAUUGUCGCCGGCUGACGUGAGGGAGGUCUUCUGCGGCAUCACGGACGACGACUGCGAACUCUUGUGGCUCGAUCCGGUGAUUGGGCGGCCCGAGAAUCUCGUGUUGAACGCUUUACUCGUGCCGCCGACGCCUAUCAGACCAUCUGUUGCUGUAGAAGCUCCGGGAGGUGCCGGGACCAAUGAAGACGACCUCACAAUAAAAUUGCAAGAAAUCAUCGACGUCAAUGAGUCCCUGAAGAAAGCUUUGAGGGAAGGGGCCGCGACCAAGAUCCUCGUGGAGUGCUGGUCCUUUUUACAGACCCAGGUCGCGUUGUAUAUCAACGGCGAAGUACCAGGUAUGCUACCCAGACAACAGCACCAGAAGCCGAUGCGCGGUUUAUGUCAAAGACUCAAAGGUAAAAGUGGGCGAUUUCGCGGGAAUUUGUCCGGCAAACGCGUCGACUUCUCGGCGCGAACGGUCAUAUCACCGGAUCCCAAUUUGAGAAUAGAUCAAGUCGGCGUGCCCACGGAAGUAGCGAGGACGAUGACUUAUCCUGAGAGAGUCUCGAGGCACAACCUGCAGCACUUACGAUCACUCAUAGUGAACGGGCCGAAGCAGUGGCCCGGAGCGAACUACGUCGAGAAGCGUUCAGCGGAUUUGGCUGAUGGUGAUAGAGUGGUAGUCGGUGCCGUCGGUGGCGGCCACAAGAAGUCGCUGAACUACGGGGACCGUAAUGCCGUAGCUCGCGACUUGAAGGUUGGUGAUGUUGUGGAAAGACACAUGCGCGACGGCGACGUCGUGCUGUUCAACCGGCAACCGUCUCUACACAAACUGUCGAUCAUGUGCCACAGUGUGAAAGUCAUGCAGGACAGAACGUUCAAGCUCAACGAGUGCGUCUGCGCGCCGUACAACGCGCGCGGCGGCGUCCUCGACUCAAAAUCGCAAGAAAGGCCACCCGGCGCCUUCUCUGACGGAGACGAAUCGCGUCGAUGGCGUGAAGGCGCCGCAGUGACACCGGACCACACAGGCCGACUUCGACGGCGACGAGAUGAAUCUGCACCUCCCGCAGACCGAAGAAGCGCGCGCCGAAGCUUUGAGUUUGAUGUCCGUCCCGCAGAACAUCUGCACGCCGAGGAAUGGCGAACCGUUAGUUGCUGCUACCCAAGAUUUCGUGACUGCUGCCUUCCUAUUAACGCAGCCGGACGUCUUCUUUUCUAGGGACCAGUUCUGCCAGCUCGCUGUGUAUGCCGGCGACGCCUCCGAGCACGUUAGUUUACCUCCUCCAGCAAUACUGAAACCUGUGAUGUUGUGGACCGGCAAACAGGUCUUCUCCCUCAUCAUACGGCCGAACAAUAGAGAUAAGUUAUGUGUCUCGUUCGAGUGCGAAGAAAAAGCCUACAAUCCAGGUACAGAUAAGUACCUCUGCCCCAACGACGGUUAUGUGGUUGUGCGACGGUCUCAGUUACUUAGUGGAAGCGCCGCGAAGAGGACGGUCGGCGACGGGUGCAAGACUGGUUUGAUCUAUGCUCUGUAUCGAGACCACGGCGCUCAUAGAGCGGCAUCAUUUAUGAACCGCUUGGCGAAGCUAGCUUCACGAUACUUGGGCAGCCAUCGAGGGUUUAGUAUUGGUCUGGAUGACGUGACACCGUCAACCGAAGUCAAAGAGCUCAAGGCUAAGUUACUGGCCGAGGGCUUCGCCGAGGCUGAUAGACGAAUUGCGGCCUUUAAGGCAGGCAAGUUAGAUCUGAAGCCCGGUUGUGAUGCGGCGCAAUCUCUCGAGACGGAGCUCACUGGUUUACUAGGAAGGGUCCGGGAGGCGGCCGGGCAGCGAUUGAUGGGUGAUUUACCUCGCACGAAUAGUCCACGGAUCAUGGCCGAGUGCGGCUCCAAGGGUUCGGCAUUGAACGUGUCGCAGAUGAUCGCUUGUUUAGGCCAGCAAGCGGUGGAUGGGAAACGCAUCCAGAACGGAUUCGUUCGCAGGACGCUGCCGCACUUCGAAGUGGACUCCUUAGACCCAGCGGCCCGAGGCUUCGUGUCCAAUAGUUUCUACUCCGGUUUGACCGCGACGGAGUUCUUCUUUCACACGAUGGGUGGUCGGGAGGGUUUAGUCGAUACGGCCGUCAAGACCGCGCAGACCGGGUAUAUGGCUCGACGGCUCAUGAAAGCUUUGGAAGAUCUCAGUGUGUCCUACGACGGCACCGUGCGUAAUUCCGAACGAGCGGUGGUCCAAUUUAACUAUGGUGAUGACAGUCUCGACCCCAAACACAUGGAGACGUCUGACGGUAAACCUGUUGAUUUUGCUAGGUUGCUGCAUCGUGUCCGCCAUGACGAAGCCUUUGACGACGACGCGGCGAUGACGCCCGAGAUGUUAGCCAAGGAAUGUAGUAAAAUCAACUUAGCUCUGACGGAUACGGAGUCGUCAAAAUUCGUACUAGACGCUUUGUCGUUUACGAAAGGCGUAGCCGAGACCUGUUCCCGGACGAGGGACGCCCUCAUCGAACAGAAGAAGAAGAAGGCGGCGAACGAACAUAUCAAGUCCUUCGACAGUUCUCUCUCAAAACGGCAACUCGCUAGAUUCGUGGACCUAGCCCGGGAAAAGUAUCUCCGAUCAAAACAAGAGCCGGGCGAGGCCGUCGGCGCCAUCGGCGCCCAGUGCAUCAGUGAACCGGGGACCCAGAUGACGCUGAAGACGUUCCAUUUCGCUGGGGUGGCGUCGAUGAACGUUACAUUGGGCGUGCCUCGGUUGACGGAGAUCAUUAACGCCUCCAAGAAGAUUUCUACACCUAUCAUCACCGCAAAACUCAAAAAUGAUAGCGACGCGGAGGCGGCUCGCGUGGUCAAGGCUGGCCUGGAAAAGACGACCCUAGGCGAAGUGUGCUCGAAGAUCGAGGAGGUCUACGCGUCGUCCAAGUGCUAUUUGUCUGUGCAACUGGAUACGGACUUGAUUGGAAGAUUGCACCUGAGUGUCGACGCGGCGUCGGCGAGGCAGGCUGUGCUGCGAGGUACGGUUGCAAACAACAAGCGCGCGCCGCCCGUCAUCCGCGCGCUCAAAGUAGAGCAUUUAACCUUAAACCCAACCACUCCGAACGAGUUCCGCGUGGAGCUGCCGGACGACCCCGCUACGAGUACUUUCUCGGGCGGCGGCGGGGCCCUGCGCGGGCAGCGGAAAGCUGUGGAGAAGCCGGCGACGAAUCGAGGUCGCAAGAAGAAGGGCGAGAAGAAAAGGCGCAAGAAGGAGAACAACUUGCCGAACGACGACGACGACGUUAUUGAUAAUGUGGAUCAACGGGACAAGUUAUCUGAUGAUAGGACCUACUUCGCGAUGCAAGCGCUGAAGAACGCGUUACCGGAGAUCGUGGUCAGUGGCUACCCGUCCAUCAAUAGAGCGGUCGUGAGCGAAUCCGACGGAAAGUAUUCGUUGCUCGUCGAAGGGUACGGGCUAGGCGAGGUCAUCGGCGCGCCGGGCGUCGACGGCGUGAACACGACGACGAACCAUGUGGCCGAGGUCGAAAGUGUCUUGGGCAUCGAGGCGGCUCGAGCUACGAUCUGCAGUGAAGUAUCCUAUAUUAUGCAGGCCUACGGCAUCGCGAUCGACGCGCGCCACUUGCUACUAUUGGCGGACGUGAUGACGUUUAAGGGCAUGGUCCUCGGCAUUACACGGUUCGGCGUCUCGAAGAUGCGUGAAUCGGUCUUGAUGCUGGCGUCCUUCGAAAGGACGACGGACCACCUCUUCGACGCGGCGGUCCACGGCCGCACGGACGCCAUCGUCGGCGUGAGUGAGUGUAUCAUUAUGGGCAUCCCCGUGCCAUUGGGGUGCGGCUCGUUCAAGCUCCUGCUCGACUCUGAGUACGCGGAGAAGGCUGCCGACGAGAAGAAGAAACCGCUGCUCCUUGGGUCGGCGUCGCCAACGCCAAGGUGAUAUAUCUAAGUUGUAGUACUACUAAAUCGUGAAUGCUCGUCUUAGUGAGCGGGGGAGGAUGGGGAGAAAGGA